AUGGGUGAACCUGUAGGAGAGGAUGCGUGGGUGUCGCUCGUGGACGAGGGCAGUCGCAGCGCUGCCAACCUAGAGCAGCGAGUCGAGGUCGUGGAGCUGUACAAGCGAGCCGUGAGCGCCGAGCCAUACAGCCUGCGAUUGUGGGUGCAAUACUGCGAAUGGAUCUGGUCGCUACACACAGAUUGCCAGUCCUCCGAUGCGGGCUGGUCAGAGGAGGAGCAGCACCUGGGCCAGGAGGUCUUCUCUCUCAAUACCGCCAUCGAUAUGUGGCAGCAGGGCGCGCAUGCUAUCCGUUACCGCCUUGACGACAGCCAUUCCCUGUGGAACAGAUACAUAUCGCUCGAGCUGUGGCUGCUAGCCAAGGCACCAUCGCCAGCGGCUGUGGAGCGCGUGAAGGCUUUGUAUCUGGAUCGACUGCAGGUGCCGCAUGCGACGUGGGAGGAGACAUCUCAGGCCUUCUCUACGUUUGUGACGAGAUACGACGAAGCGCACUGGGAGGAGACGAUGGUGUGGAGUACACAGCUCGCGAAGAAUGCCAAGGAGAUAUACGGACAGCGUGAGGACCAGGAGUUGAGCCUCGUACGAUCUGUACAGUCUGGCGAUAAGGAGAAGCAAAAGGCUGUUCUUACAGAAUACUUAGAGUGGGAGACGAUCCAGAGCCGAAAGAAGAACGGAAUUCCUGCUCUGUGUUUUGCGCUUUACGAAAGAGCACUCCUCAUUCUCCCUACUGAUGUUACGCUGUGGGAAGAUUAUGCUGGUGCUGUCAAUGGCUACAUUGGGGCGUCCCAUGGCCGUCCACAGGAUUGCCCCGACCUUCUUCAGCUUCUGCAGAGAUCGGUGAAGCACUGCCCAUGGUCAGGAAUGCUAUGGUCACGAUACAUGCUGCGCGCUGAGAUCGAACAUCUUGACUUCAGAGAUGUAGAGCAGAUUAAGCAUGCCGCCACAAGCUCUGACCAGCUAGACCGCAAUGGCAUGACAGAUGUGUACAUGGUGUACGGUGCGUGGUGUAAUUAUCUACGGCGCAGGGCUGUUGAUAGGGAUGCCACUGACGAGGAUGGUGAUCUUGCGGAUGUUGGAAUGCCAUCAGCCCUUGACGGCGUGGAGCACUGGGGAGAGCCUGCCGACCGAAAGAAUGCCAAAGGCGACCCUACCUUCCAGAUUCAACGGUGCUGGAUUCAGUAUUUGACGCAAAAAGGUCUGAUUACUGAAGCACGCUCGCAGUGGCAUGAUUUGGUUAAGCCGCACGGCGAUAGUUACGAGUUUUGGCUGAGGUACUACCAGUGGGAGAUGGAUAUGCCACAUACAGACAACACUCGGCCCUUCGCAGCUGCUCUGCUCAAGCAGGCCAUCCAGAGACGGACCUUGGAUUGGCCAGAGAAGAUUAUGGAGAUGUACCUUUCGCAUUGUAGCACGUACGAGUUUCCAGUUGACGUCGCAAACGCCAUCGAUUUUGUUCACCGAAACAGUAAAGGAGUGGCGAAGAGGAGACAGCGGGAGGCGGCGGAGGCAGCUGCCGCCUAUGCAGAGCAGCAAAGACUUGUCCAACCCGCCGAAGCUAUCGCAGCUGAUGAAUCGCCGUCGGGAUCGAAGAGGAAAAGAGAUGCUGCUGCUGAAGUGGAUGGCAAUGCCGCCAAAAAAUUUAAGGCAGGAGGCGAAGAUUUAGAUGCACAAAGUGUCAAACGCGAUCGCGAAAAUACAAGCAUCCUCGUCUCUAACCUCCCUUUGGAGGCUACUCAGACGAAGGUGAGACAGUAUUUCAAGGAAUACGGACACAUCAACAAUCUUACACUCAAACCUGAAUCUGACAAGCAGUCGGCAACCGCAUUGAUCGAGUUCCGCUCCGUCGAAGAUGUCCAAUCCGCUCUCCUCCGCGAUGACAAAUACUUCGCCGAUAAGCAGAUAUCUGUCGUACCAGGCACGGGCCUCACGCUCUACGUAACCAACUACCCGCCCACCGCCGACGAGGACUACCUGCGCAACCUGUUUAAAGACUGCGGUGAAAUCUUCUCUUUCCGCUGGCCGAGUCUCAAGUAUAACACCCACCGCCGCUUCUGCUAUGUCUCGUUCAGGACUGCCGCAGCCGCGGCGGCUGCUACUGCCCUCGAUGGCAAGUUGCUCGAAGGCAAAUACAAACUCGAGGCUAAAUACUCGGACCCUAGCCGCAAGAAGCCGCGCGAGGGCGCCAUGCUUGAGGGCCGCGAGAUCCACAUUGCCGGCCUUGACCGCGGCGCGUCCGAGGACGACCUACAGGCCGUGUUUUCGAAAUACGGCGCUGUAGAAUCUGUCCGGAUCCUCCGCAACAUCGCGGGCAAGAGUAAAGGCUCCGCCUUCGUCGUCUUCGCCAAGGCAGAAGAAGCCACCAAGGCCCUCGAGCUAGAUAAGACGAAGUUCUGGUCCCAGGUUCUAACCGUCGAGCUCGCGACCCCGACAAAUUUCAAGGCCACGGCUACCACUAGCACUUCGGCUGCGGGAUCCCCGGCACCGAGCAAUGACCUUGACUCCCGGAUGUCGGGUGCUGGGUCACCGGCUGCGGCUAACAACCACGCGCACGCUGCUGGACAGUCCAGAGCCGAGAUCACAGCCCGUACCAUCACGCUUCUCAACGUGCCGGAUACGGUGAACGAUGCCCGCCUAUCGGCUAUCUGCGCGCCGUACGGGCGCGUGGUGAAGCUCGUGCUGCGACCUGACCACCAGGGUGCGAUCGUUGAGUUUGAGGAUGUUGCUUCAGCCGGGAAGGCGAGCCUGGGGCUCGAGGGGUAUGAGAUUGUGGGCGGGCGACGACUGAGAACUGGGCGACUGAAGGACCUGUUCGCGUCGGGGGGGGAACGGAAGACGGAUCGUAUUGUGAUUGGGGGGGGGGGGAAGAAGACUGAAGCGCAGCCGGAACAGCGCACGGCGUUUAUGCAGGCGGGACCAACGGUUCGUCGGCCCGGAGCCGGCGGGAGAGGAGGGCUAGGUGUGAAGAGGGGCUUGGGAUUUAAGGGACCCAGCAAGGCGGCUGCUGGUGGCGUAAAUGGGAAUAGCGCGGAGUCUGGGGAGAAAAAUGGGGUGAAGAGCAAUGCAGAUUUCAAGGCCAUGUUUCUCAAGAGCGGCGAAGGCGGCGAUGCCGGCGACGGACGUAAUCAACAGGGGUAG